GCAUCUCUGGAUAGUGGGAGUGGAUGCCCGCCUCCCCAACGCGAUAUGUUGGUGCGACCCAUCACUUCAGUGAUAGCUUGAUAAACUUCCCGACGAGGGUCAGCAAUUAGCUUCAGUAUCUGGAAAGGGGAGGUGCUCAGGGGGUCCCAAGAAUGGGAUGGUCACGUGAGCACCCUUUCACUUUCCCCUUCUCCCUCUAAGUGCUCUUAAGCCAGUCUAUUUCCAGCAUCAAUCCCGCCAUCGCGAUGGGAGGUGGACCUACACGGCGCCCAGUCAUUGCAAUUGCAGGGCUGGCCUGUGAGACAUCAACGUUCUCGCCAUCCAAAACCCUGGCACCAGCAUUCCAUCCCAAGCGCGGACAAGAUAUCAUCCAAAAAUACCCAUUCCUCCACCCCGGAACUCCGCUCUCCUCUCUCGCCGAGUGGAAAGGCGCUCUUAUUGGACAUGCGCUCCCUGGCGGGAUCGUGACCCGGGAGGCUUUCGAGGAGUUGACUGGCGAAAUCGUGUCAAGACUUCAAGAGACAGUGGCGACGUCGGCCGCGCUCGAUGGCCUGUGGUUCGACAUCCAUGGCGCGAUGUGCGUUGAGGGUCUCGAUGAUGUCGAAGCCGAGCUUUUGAGACGUGUGAGAGAAGCGGUUGGGAAGGAUGUGAUUGUGAGUGCGAGUAUGGAUUUGCAUGGGAAUGUUUCGAGGGAGUUAGCUCAUGGAUGUGAUCUGAUCACGUGCUAUCGGAUGGCGCCGCAUGAGGAUACGAUGGAGACCAAGGAGAGGGCCUGUCGGAAUCUGGUGGAGUUGUUGGUGCAAAAAGAGAGGAGGAGACCGAUUAAGGCGUGGAUUCCUGUUCCGAUUUUGCUGCCCGGUGAGCAGACAAGUACGAGGGUGGAGCCAGCGAAGCAUAUUUAUGCUGCUGUUCCGGAAGUUGAAACAAUUGGGGGUGUUAUUGAUGCGGCGAUAUGGGUUGGGUAUGCAUGGGCUGAUGAGCCGAGGAAUCGAGGAGCUGUUGUUGUCACAGGAUGGGAUGAGAAGGUGGUGGUCGAAAGUGCGGAGAAGCUUGCAAAGCUCUUUUGGGAUGCUCGCAAGGACUUUGUGUUUGUUGCUCCUCAUGGCUCUUUUAAAGAGUGUCUUGAUGCAGCACUCUCUUCCAAAUCUCGACCUUACUUUAUCUCAGACUCGGGCGAUAACCCAACAGCUGGAGGAUCAGGAGACAUGACCUGGGGACUCACCAAACUACUUGCUCGACCGGAAUUCAAGGACGCGUCUGGUCCAACUGUCAUAUACGCCAGUGUCCCAGGACCGAAAGCUGUACACACGGCAAUAGAAGCGGGAAUCGGCGCCAUUAUCACCGUCACUGCUGGAGCUGAAGUUGACAACAUUCAUUCCGGGCCCCUCACUAUGACAGGGCGGGUCCACUCCAUCAAGCACGGCGACAAAGAUGCCCUGAUCGAAGUUGUUCUCCAAGUCGGCAGCGUCUUUGCAAUCCUCACUGAACUCCGGAAGCCAUACCAUCACGAGAAAGACUUCACCAAUCUCAACCUGCGUCCCCGAUCUGCAGAUAUCGUGAUUGUGAAGAUCGGGUACCUAGAGCCAGAACUGUAUGAUAUGGCAAAGGACUGGAUGCUUGCCCUAACUCCUGGUGGUGUUGAUCAGGAUCUGGAACGACUUGGUCAUCAUAGGAUUCGGAGGCCAAUUUGGCCAUUCAAUAAAACUUUCGAGAAAUCACCAGAUUUGAGUGCGAGGAUCAUAGCGAUGUCGAAUAAGCCUCUCACUGGGCCAGAUGAGUAAAGAAAGGCAUUGUGCACGAGUACAUAAACUCUAUACAGUACCAUAGGACCAUGACCUAACGUUCCGUGA